AUGGUCCAACAACCGCGGCCUAGAGGUCCGCCCACGCCUAGUAUGAGCACGCCGGCUCCCGAUUUCGACCAACAAGUUACGGGCUCUCCCCCACCACCUCCCACGCCCGCGGCCUCCCCGGGGCCUACGGAUACCCAACCCGACUGGAGCGAUGCCGCCGACGACGAAGACUUUUUCCUCGCCCAAAUGCGUCAUCAUUUUAAGGCUUGUUCCGGGCCCCAGAGGACUCGGGUCCUCGCCGACUUGCUAAAUAUGUGCACGACUCAGCAGCUCAGCUUUGUACAUCAAUUCGUGAGCCCUUUGUUGAAGAAGGACCCCUUCACUAGCCUACCAGACGAACUGUGCUUGAGGAUAUUAUCAUUUAUAGAUGACCCUCAAGUACUUGCGCGGGCGUCGCAGGUAUCCAGAAGGUGGAGGGAUCUUUUAAGCGACGAUGUAACGUGGAAAAAUCUCUGUGUAAAACAUGAUUAUGGUCGUCGCCUCUCAGAAGUUUCCUAUGGAGUUGCGCCAUUUGCGUCGACUAGGCCAGGAGCUUUACCUCUCCCAGAUCCCGAAUACACUCAUAGCUUUCCCGGUGCUAUACCCGGACCCUCGUCGUUUCAUUCGUCAUCUCGGGGCUUUGAUGGCUCUUCGGAGAGCUCCUCUUCAGUCGCGAGACCUAAACUACGGUCGUAUAAAUCUCAUUUUAAGCAGAGAUAUCUUGUUGAAUCAGCAUGGAGAACUGGUGGCCGAAACACUACACGAACUAUUACUCAAGACAAUAGAGUUGUGACUAGUUUGCACUUGACCCCGAAAUAUAUUGUGGUAGCCCUCGAUAAUGCAAGGAUCCAUAUCUUUGAUCGGGAAGGCAAUGCUCUUCGCACCCUUCAGGGCCAUAUCAUGGGCGUCUGGGCUAUGGUUCCGUGGGAAGACAUCCUGGUCAGUGGCGGGUGUGAUCGUGACGUGCGAGUCUGGGAUAUGACAUCUGGGAGAUGUUUAUAUACUUUACGCGGCCACACAUCCACAGUUCGCUGCCUUAAAAUGUCCGAUGCGAACACCGCCAUUUCCGGCUCCCGUGAUACUACCUUGAGAGUUUGGGAUAUUAGGCAAGGAGUUUGCAGGAAUGUCCUGGUUGGCCACCAAGCAAGCGUGAGAUGUUUGGAGAUAAAAGGAGACAUUGUCGUCUCCGGUAGCUACGAUGCGACAGCCAAAAUAUGGAGCAUAUCUGAAGGCAGGUGUCUGCACACACUCUCUGGCCACUUCAGCCAGAUAUAUGCCAUCGCUUUUGAUGGCCACCGUGUCGUUACUGGAAGCCUCGAUACUAGCGUUCGCGUCUGGGACGCUCACACGGGUGAUGCCAUCGCUGUCCUCCAAGGUCACACUUCUCUCGUAGGUCAAUUACAGUUACGAGGUAAUACACUGGUCACAGGGGGUUCAGAUGGCUCUGUCAGGGUUUGGUCUCUCGAGAAGAUGUGCCCUAUUCACCGACUAGCAGCACACGACAACAGUGUCACCAGCCUACAAUUUGACGACACGCGUGUUGUGAGCGGAGGCAGUGACGGCAGGGUCAAGGUCUGGGAUGUAAAAACGGGCCACCUCGUGCGGGAGCUCAUCACGGCCGAGUCCGUCUGGAGGGUAGUAUUUGAGGACGAAAAGUGCGUUGCAGUUGCGAAUAGAGGAAGUAGGGUCAUGAUGGAGGUUUGGUCGUUCUCGCCCCCAGAGGACGCCUUUUGCGAAAGACCGCUUUCUUUACCUCAAAACCUUGUCGAGCCAUCACCCACCCGGCCUAUGACGGGCGAUUUCCGUCGUUCAAAUCUAGGGCUAGCUUCGGACGAUAGUUCAGGCAGAAAGGAUGUUGAAAUGACCGAUGCUGGCCCAUCAACCGCGCCUCUUGUCGGGAACACGACGUUCUUCCACGACGAUUAG